CUUUUUUUUUUUUUCUUUUUCUUUUUUUCCCACUUUCUUUUCUUUUCAAUCUUUGAAAAAUAUGGCGACUACACUUGUAUCUGAUAUCAUCUUACCUGAAGUCGAUCGACAAAUUAGUCAAGACCAAGCUCUAUGGCCUCCAGUGAAAGGAUUUUUUAUUUUAAGUGUAACCAAGAAACGAAAGCCAAGUACUACUUGGUAUAUUUUAUUUCAAGGAAACGAGAUUCAACCUAUUAUUACUAAGAAUGAAGCAAAAGUACGUGAUGCUCUCAACAAGAAAAAAGUCAAGGUGGUCAAGAUUCGUGUAGAAGAUCAUGAUGUUCUCAAUUUUAUUACUGGAGGUUUGACUGCUAUCAAGGCUUAUGUGAAUCGUCGUAUCAAGGUGAAAGGUGAUUUGGCUCUUGCACAACGACUGGUGACUCUAUUUGAAAAAGCAGGUGGACACGAACGUGCAUUGGAUUUUAUUAGGCAAAAUGAACAGCUCCUUUUAAGGGUCAAUCCUGAUAGUGCCAAGUUAUAGGAUAUUACUUUCUAUGAUAAUGGAUGAAAUAAAAGAUAUAUUUACCUUGUUUUUUUUUUAUUAUUA